AAGCUUAGCUCUCUCGCAUGCCACACCACGCCACGCCAUGCGUGCUAGCCUCUUUUAGCAACUGGAUCGAUCGGCCGAUCAAGCCUAGCCUGGCCAUCGCGCGAGGUCGCGGCAUGGGGGGAGGAGGAGGAGGAGGAGGAGGUGCCGGAGAGAAGCUGCCGGCCAAUGGCGCGCACGGCGGCAAGGCCUGCAGGUUCUCCUUCCUCUACGGCCUCCUCCUCUACGUCGUCCUGCCGGUGCUCUUCCUGUACAUGCUCGCCAUCGCCGCCUCCCCGUUCUACAACCCGCGGUGCUCGCCGGAGCAGAACGCCGCCAUGGCGCGUUUCGUGGUGGCCAUGCCCAACGCGUCGUCGUCGUCCGCGGUGAACAGGUCCUCUUCGUCCGCGCCCCCGCCGCCGGGUCCGCCGAUGCGGUCGGCGGAUGAGGCACCGACGGGGCUGCGGCACAUCGCGUUCGGCAUCGGCGCGUCGUCGGCGCUGUGGAAGAGCCGGAAGGAGUACAUCAAGCUAUGGUGGCGGCCGGGGCGGAUGCGCGGGUUCGUGUGGAUGGACAAGCCGGUGGAGGAGUUCUACUCCAAGAGCUCGCGCACGGGGCUCCCGCCGAUCAUGGUCAGCUCCGACACGUCCAAGUUCCCCUACACGCACGGCGCGGGAAGCCGGUCGGCGCUGCGGAUCUCCCGCAUUGUGUCCGAGACGUUCCGGCUCGGCCUCCCCGGCGUCCGGUGGUUCGUCAUGGGCGACGACGACACGGUGUUCCUCCCGGAGAACCUGGUGCACGUGCUCUCUCAGUACGACCACCGGCAGCCGUACUACAUCGGGUCGCCGUCGGAGAGCCACAUCCAGAACCUCAUCUUCUCGUACGGCAUGGCGUUCGGCGGCGGCGGCUUCGCCAUCAGCCGCGCGCUCGCCGAGGAGCUGGCCAAGAUGCAGGACGGGUGCCUCCACCGGUACCCGGCGCUGUACGGCAGCGACGACCGCAUCCACGCGUGCAUGUCGGAGCUCGGCGUGCCGCUCACCCGCCACCCGGGGUUCCACCAGUGCGACCUAUGGGGCGACGUGCUCGGCCUCCUCGGCGCGCACCCGGUGGCGCCGCUGGUGACGCUCCACCACCUCGACUUCCUGGAGCCGGUGUUCCCCACGACGCCGUCCCGCGCCGGCGCGCUGAGGAGGCUGUUCGACGGGCCGGUGCGGCUGGACUCCGCGGCGGUGGCGCAGCAGUCGGUGUGCUACGACCGGGACAACCACUGGACCGUGUCGGUGUCGUGGGGGUUCGCCGUGAUGGUGGUGCGCGGCGUGCUCUCGCCGCGGGAGAUGGAGACGCCGAUGCGCUCCUUCCUCAACUGGUACAAGCGCGCCGACUACACGGCCUACUCCUUCAACACUCGCCCCGUCGCGCGGCAGCCGUGCCAGAAGCCCCGCGUCUACUACCUCCGCGACUCCCGCAUGGACCGCCGCCGCAACGUCACCGUCACCGAGUACGACCGCCACCGCGGCAAGCAGCCCGACUGCCGGUGGCGCAUCCCCGACCCGGCCGACCUCGUCGACCACAUCGUCGUCCUCAAGAAGCCCGACCCGGACCUCUGGAAACGGUCGCCGCGGAGGAACUGCUGCAAGGUGGUGUCGUCGCCGAAGAAGGAGGGGAAAGACCGGACGAUGACCAUCGACGUCGGCGUGUGCAGAGAAGGCGACUUCGCCAAGGUUUAAUCUUAAUUAGCGGGAUGGAUUAAUUGAUUGAUUAGUCGAUUAGGAGAUGGGAAGAGGGCAUUAGCGGCGGCGGCAUGCAGCAGGAGAGAGAGAGAUGGAGGGGAGAUUAACGAGCCAGAGCUAAGCUAAGCUAAUCCACUGGGACCGAUUGAAUAGCUCAUUUAGUGUUAGAUCGCCACCUGAGGUGGCGAUGUGUUGUUUAAUUAGCACGGCGGUGUGUGUAUGCACGCACGCCGAGACUAUUUUGA